GAGGCAAAGAUAAGUGACAAAUGCAGCCUGAUGCAGUUUGUGGUUGUGGUAAGAAGAUCUAGCUUCUCUGUGCACAGCUCUCUGAAGUCUGUUUUAUGACAAAAAGAGCAUGAUGGUCAUAUGUCAGGAAGUGACAGAAGUUCAAAGUAGUGAUACUUUAACUAGUGUCACUCUCCUCUUUUGUUGUUUAAUUAUGGGUUUAGUCACAUUUCCUAUUGCGUUAAGCAAUUCUGGCCUUUUCUUGUGAUCAAGUGUGUGUGUGUGAGUUCUGGGCUGCGUCGGAAACAGUGCAGGCGUGUUGCACUGUGCGGUAGUGUGUCACAACUUCCUUUUGAGCUUAGAGAUUCACAUCAAGAGGAUCAGAAGUACAUACAAGGACUUUAUUGACAACUUUAGAUAAUCUGACAUGUCGAACCCAGUAACUUGUCAGCCAGCAGCAGGCUCAUAUGGGACCAAUGUGCAGACAGGAGAGUGGAGCACAGGCCUCUGUUCCUGCUGUAGUGACCUGCUUGUGUGUGCUGUUGGCUUUUUCUGUCCAAUUGCAUUGGGAUGCUACACUGCUAACAAGUAUGGAGAGAAUGCCUGUCUGGCAUGUGUACCUGGAGGCAUGGCAGCUAUGAGGACGCACAUGAGACUCACCUAUGGCAUCCAAGGUACCAUAUGCAACGAUGCCUUGAUGACCUGUUGCUGCGGAGUGUUUGAGACAUGUCGAAUGGCCAGAGAAAUCCGUAUUAGGAAUGGAGAGGCAUAAUCUUGUGUUACUACUGUAACACUACUUUGUAGCAAAGUACCCCAGUCACUUUCCUCUAAUUUUUGUAAAAAAAAAAAAAAAAAAAAUCAGUCAAAGCAUUUGUUUGAUUUAAUAUAAAUUUGCUUAAUAAAUUAUAGACAUUUAAAAUGUACAUGUUUAACAACAUACUAUUUCUGCAAAGAUUACAAAGUAAUACAAAAUGGCAACUGAAACAGUCUUGCCUCAUGGGUCUGAAGUGGUGUGUCUUUAUUUACCAAACCACAUUUUCACAGUUGCAACCUGUGAACUACUGCUCCAUCUACAGCAGAGUAUCAGCUUGAUUACUGUAUUGGUACCACUGUAUUGAUAGAUCAGUGCAUUAUGUGAACUUUUCUGGAACCUGUGUUUGUGUCAUCUUGAAGCAGAUUUCUUUGUAUUUGUAAUAAAGAAACUGUAAUGUCUUGAAGAA